CCCUGCAAGCACAAUGCAUGCUAAUAUUUAUUUAUCACAUACCAGAAAAAACAGCUACCUUCUGUUUAUUCAUAGUCAUGGUUGUAUUUUCUGUCUUUGUUUUAGGUUCAAUGUCAAGAAGAGAGAGAACACAUAUCUCGGAGGAAGCGAAGGUCUUCCUCCAGAAAGCCUAUAAAGAAGGGAUAACCAGGGUGGGAUCUCCACUGGUUGGAGCGGCAUCCCAGGCCACUGGCUUGCCACCGUUUGUCAUUGAUAACUGGAUUGGAAACUAUAGAAGAAAAAAACCAUCUUCUUCUCAACCUAAAAACAAGAAGUUAUACACCAAGGACCUGUCUGCUUACAACCUGUUCUGCAGGGAUCAGUUAAAGAACAAGGGAAGCCUGAAAGAUAUUACGCAGAAAUGGUCCACUUUGGCAGAAGAGCAGAAGAGGCAAUAUGCGGAGGAGGCAGCAGCUCUAAAAGUUCAGCGCACUUCAGAUGACAUGAGCCCAGAUAUGCGAUGCCUGAAAUUGAAGAAGCACCUAAAGCAGAUGAAAAUAGAGGUUGCCAGUCUUGAGAAGCUUGAUGUAGAGACUGGUGUAAUGAUGUAUGACCAUCAAAAGCCUUUCUUAGAAGACCUAGAAGUGAGCAGCAAAGGUGCUUCUUCGUUCUUCGACAGUACCGACGUACUGGACAACUUUGCACUGCAUUUCAAAGGAAAAUCAUCAUCUACUUCUGCUGCAAAAGAACCGGUUGAUCAAAUGGUUAAGAAAGUGCAGGAGCUCUUCAACAGGAAAUACAAUGAAGCGGGAGGCAGAGGAAGGCUCCCGUACAUCUCCAUUCAAAAUGAAAGCAUAAUUAUCAACGCUUUUGGUCUACCUGAUGGCAUCACUCUCAAAAAACCAUGCCACUAUGGACGUAAACAGUUAGAAGUCAUUUUAAAUAAUGCGGCGAACAUUUCCUUUAAAAUUAAUGAAAAGACUGUUGAAGAAUCAGUUGUAACAUCUGACACUGGAGUGGUGAUAACUGCAAAUGACCCUGGGAGGACAAUUAGGACACCAACUGUGGAAGACAUUUUGAAUGGAAUGUGUGCAAAUGAUGAGCGGAGCGUAACAGAGCCUAUGGGUUUGACAGAAGUGCUGUCAAGAGAACCGACUACACAUGAUACUACCGAUGUUUGCAACAUCUGCCGCAGUCUGUUCAUUGAUGAUAAAAAAAAUGCCAAGAAGAAGUGGCGUGAGUGGCGACAUUGCAACACAUGUGAGCAGUGGUCACACCUGGCAUGUGGAUUCAAGAAAAACUUGUGUCGUCAUUGUCAGACCCCCUAGAAGUUGAGCCUUGUUAUGUCUUUCAAUGUUAGCAUUUCCUGUAGUUUGUCUUAAACAAUUGAUAAAUGUGCAAUGUUCAAUAAAAGCUUUUGUAUUGAAAA